UUUUAAUUUCUCCGUCUGUUCUCGUGUGCCGUACGUAGCGUUAUUAUGUAUCAGAGCUCUCUGAGGUCCCUGUGCUCAGCCCUGUCUAACCUCUGCUGCACUCCUUCUUCUGCCUCUUCCUCGACCAUGCUGCUCCGUUCGCCGGCUCCAGUGAAGAGAGCCCUCUCCCCGUCUGCCCUCCUCGCCUCUUCCGCGGCUACCGCCGGAGUUCCGCGCUGCAGUCGCCCUGCGCCAGGCAGUUCGGGAGCUGCCAAUUCCCAAGCUGGGUAUUCCAUGGGCAACAGUACAAGUAGGCUGUAUAGUGCACUGGCAAAGACUUUGAGUAGUGGUGUCAUUACUAAACAUCAGGAGUACUUGGAACAAACAGAUCCUGAGUUUCUGGAUCCUAUAGAUCCUAAAGAUCUGCUUGAAGAAUGCCAGAUUGUUCUUCAGAACCGUCCAGCCCGGCUCCAAAGGGAUUUUGUGGACUUGAGGACCAGUUUUGUCAGAAAUCAUCAGCCCAUCAGAGUUAUGCAAUGGAAUAUACUUGCCCAAGCUCUUGGGGAAGGCAAGGACAACUUUAUCCAAUGCCCCAUGGAAGCCUUGAGAUGGGAGGAAAGGAAGUGCCUCAUUCUAGAAGAGAUCCUUGCUUACCAGCCUGAUAUCCUCUGUCUACAAGAAGUGGACCACUAUUUUGAUACUUUUCAGCCAUUACUCAGUCGGCUAGGCUACCAAUGUGCUUUUCUUCCUAAACCAUGUUCUCCAUGUUUAGAUGUGGAAUGUAACAAUGGCCCAGAUGGCUGUGCCUUGUUUUUCCUUAAGGACAGGUUUACGCUAAUUAAUAGUACCAACAUUGGGUUGACAGCAAUGAAGUUCAAGACCAAUCAAGUGGCUAUAGUUCAGAUCCUGAAAUGUAAUGAGACUGGGAAAAUGUUCUGUGUUGCUGUCACCCACUUGAAAGCUCGCAAUGGCUGGGAGAGGUUUCGAUCUGCUCAAGGUGCUGAUCUUCUUGAAAAUCUAAAACAGAUCACCCAGGAUGCAGAGAUCCCUCUUAUAGUCUGUGGUGACUUCAAUGCUGAGCCUACAGAAGAAGUGUAUAAGCAAUUCGCUGAAUCUAGUCUAAACCUAAACAGUGCUUAUAAACAUCUGAGUACAGAUGGGCUAACAGAGCCUCCAUACACCACAUGGAAGAUCCGUCCUUCUGGAGAAUGCAGUCAUACAAUUGAUUACAUCUGGUAUUCACAACAGGCCUUAAAAGUAGAUGCUGCCCUCAGCCUUUUAACUGAGGAACAAAUUGGACCCAAUAGGCUCCCAUCUUUCCGUUACCCAUCAGACCAUCUAUCUUUAGUAUGUGACUUCACCUUUAAUGAAAACCCAGAGAACUUUUUAAGAUUAGGUGAAAUAUAAAGCGGAAUAGGGAGUGUUUUAAUGUACUGUGUUUGUACAGGCAAAGACUUUUAUCAUGGAUUUCUAAAGACGUGGGGAUGGGAUGGGAAAAAUAUUUAUGAAUGGAGAAUUAAUAAUCUACUCCUAUAGCCUUGACUUUUUUUCUUAACUCCAUGCUAUGACAAAAAAGACAAAAAUAUGCCUGGCUAGCUGCUUAUGCUAUGUUUCCUUUUUUCUGAAGAAAAGUAUGGCUCUUAUUCAACUCUAAUUGUAACAAAGUUUUUCCUCCCAUAUCUAAGCUCUUGAGUUGUAAAGUAAAACAGUUGCACUGCAUGUAACAGCAUUGUCCUGUCUGUCAAUAGUCGGUCAGAUGAAUACCCAGGGUUCGUCCCUCCCAUAUUGGACCGAAUGACCAAAUUUUGUUCAGCAUAAAGUUUAGUAUGAGCCUCAGUUAAUUUUUUGCUGAGGUUGUCUUGGAUUGUGCCUUCUACUUGAAUAAAUUAAGUGUUAAUCUCAAA